GCAUUUGAAAUGUGAUCAGGUUUCUGCACAUUUGAAUUUUUAAUAAGGUUUAAAAUUUUAGGGAUAAGCACUAAACUUAUUCUGUGCUGUUUCUCUUUAACUACAGACCCUGCUACAUGGAAAAACUCAAGACACCUUUCUAAAGGUUUCCUUUAUCCAUUUGCUUUUGACCCUUUUUUUCUCUUAUGCCUGCAUGUGUGCUUAUGUACUAUUACAGGCUGUGUGCAUUUUUUUUCUUCCAUUUUUAUUUGCCCAUCCACAUUGAUUGCAGGUUUUAGUGGUUCUUGUUAUUUUUUUGGCAUUGCAUCAAAAUGCAAGCUUUUUUGGUGGUGAAUGUAAUUUAUUUUAUUUUUAUUUUUGAAGACAUGCUUGUGAAGCCAAGCCUUUUUAAAUAUAAUAAGAUAAAUUAGAAACAGCUCUUUGGUAUGUAGUACUUGCAUUUUGUGAGUUCUGUUCACCUAGAUUACUCCAGUCCUCCAAUGAGACUUCUUGGAAGAAGGUACUAAGCUACAAGUAGGUGAGCAUUUUAUCUGCAAAAAGGAUCCGGUUUUAUUUACCUUUAUUCCACCAAAAGACCGACUCACUCCUCUGUUUGUCUGAAUAUCUUAUAAUCAUUUUUAUUUAGACUUCAGGAGGCUGAUAUGCAUUAUUCAAUACACUUAUUAAGGUAUUUUAACCUUUUCUAAAUUUGACAAAAGCAAAACAGCUGUUGUUUGGAGAAGAUAAAGUUAGAUUAUCUUUCCACAAUUAAACAGUUCUAGUUUUUCUGGGAAAAACUGACUAUAUCUUGCUCUCCAAGUUUUAGACUACUUCACACAGUGCAACAGUGAAUCUAUUUUCCUUCCUUCAGCAAGUACAAGAGGAACAGACCUAUGACUGGAAACUAAUGGAGAGUGGCAACUCCUUACGCUGCAUAUACCAGGGUUCUUGUUUUUCCUUUUCUUCCAUUUUCUUUCUUUCCUGCCUCCAGUUCCAAGGGAAAACAGUCUUGACCCUGGGGGAAAAUCACCUUGAAAGUGUGUAUAAAUUACAAAGCAGCUAGCUCUAUAAUAAUGAGAGAGCUCUUUAAAGGAACAGCAAGUUGUGGCUCUACAGGGGUGGAAGCAGAAGAAUGGGGUAAAUUUCUUCACACCAAAAAUAAGCUCUACACGGAUUUUGAUGAAAUUCGACAAGAAAUUGAAAAUGAAACAGAAAGAAUUUCAGGAAAUAAUAAGGGAGUAAGCCCUGAACCAAUUCAUCUUAAGAUUUUUUCACCCAACGUUGUCAAUUUGACACUUGUGGAUUUGCCAGGAAUGACCAAGGUGCCUGUAGGUGAUCAACCUAAGGAUAUUGAGCUUCAAAUCAGAGAGCUCAUUCUUCGGUUCAUCAGUAACCCAAAUUCCAUUAUCCUCGCUGUCACUGCUGCUAAUACAGAUAUGGCAACAUCAGAGGCACUUAAAAUUUCAAGAGAGGUAGACCCAGAUGGUCGCAGAACUCUAGCUGUAAUCACUAAACUUGAUCUCAUGGAUGCGGGUACUGAUGCCAUGGAUGUAUUGAUGGGAAGGGUUAUUCCAGUCAAACUUGGAAUAAUUGGAGUAGUUAACAGGAGCCAGCUAGAUAUUAACAACAAGAAGAGUGUAACUGAUUCAAUCCGUGAUGAGUAUGCUUUUCUUCAAAAGAAAUAUCCAUCUCUGGCCAAUAGAAAUGGAACAAAGUAUCUUGCUAGGACUCUAAACAGGUUACUGAUGCAUCACAUCAGAGAUUGUUUACCAGAGUUGAAAACAAGAAUAAAUGUUCUAGCCGCUCAGUAUCAGUCUCUUCUAAAUAGCUACGGUGAACCCGUGGAUGAUAAAAGUGCUACUUUACUCCAACUUAUUACCAAAUUUGCCACAGAAUAUUGUAACACUAUUGAAGGAACUGCAAAAUAUAUUGAAACUUCGGAGCUAUGCGGUGGUGCUAGAAUUUGUUAUAUUUUCCAUGAAACUUUUGGGCGAACCUUAGAAUCUGUUGAUCCACUUGGUGGCCUUAACACUAUUGACAUUUUGACUGCCAUUAGAAAUGCUACUGGUCCUCGUCCUGCUUUAUUUGUGCCUGAGGUUUCAUUUGAGUUACUGGUGAAGCGGCAAAUCAAACGUCUAGAAGAGCCCAGCCUCCGCUGUGUGGAACUGGUUCAUGAGGAAAUGCAAAGGAUCAUUCAGCACUGUAGCAAUUACAGUACACAGGAAUUGUUACGAUUUCCUAAACUUCAUGAUGCCAUAGUUGAAGUGGUUACUUGUCUUCUUCGUAAAAGGUUGCCUGUUACAAAUGAAAUGGUACAUAACUUAGUGGCAAUUGAACUGGCUUAUAUCAACACAAAACAUCCAGACUUUGCUGAUGCCUGUGGGCUCAUCAACAAUAAUAUAGAGGAACAAAGGAGAAACAGGCUAGCCAGAGAAUUACCUUCAGCUGUAUCACGAGACAAGUCUUCUAAAGUUCCAAGUGCUUUGGCACCUGCCUCCCAGGAGCCCUCCCCCGCUGCUUCUGCUGAGGCUGAUGGCAAGGUUGCAUCUGGAGGUGGUGGGGUUGGAGAUGGUGUUCAAGAACCAACAACAGGCAACUGGAGAGGAAUGCUGAAAACUUCAAAAGCUGAAGAGUUACUAGCAGAAGAAAAAUCAAAACCCAUUCCAAUUAUGCCAGCCAGUCCACAAAAAGGUCAUGCCGUGAAUCUGCUGGAUGUGCCAGUUCCUGUUGCACGAAAACUGUCUGCUCGGGAGCAGCGAGACUGUGAGGUUAUUGAACGACUCAUUAAGUCCUAUUUUCUCAUUGUCAGAAAGAAUAUUCAAGACAGUGUGCCAAAGGCAGUAAUGCAUUUUUUGGUUAAUCAUGUGAAAGACACUCUUCAGAGUGAGCUAGUAGGCCAGCUGUAUAAAUCAUCCUUAUUGGAUGAUCUUCUGACAGAAUCUGAGGACAUGGCACAGCGCAGGAAAGAAGCAGCUGAUAUGCUAAAGGCAUUACAAGGAGCCAGUCAAAUUAUUGCUGAAAUCCGAGAGACUCAUCUUUGGUGAAGAGAACUAUGUAAUACUGAGACUUUGCUGACUCAAAACUUCCUAGUUCCUGCCUACCUGAGUAGAAUCUUAUUUAUGAACUCCUGUGUAUUGCAGUGGUAUGAAUCUGCUCAUGUGGAGACUGGCUAUAAACUGAAAAGUGUAUUCCGUAUUGCAGAACAAAUCACACAUUUAAUCCAAAUAAUAAAUGGCUGUUUCUAAAGUUUCCCAGUAUAUAAAAUACAUCAAGUCUGUCUUGUGACAGUUUCAUCUGAACUUAAGAAGAACUGUUAAUGUUCUAGUUGUGCACAGCAGUUUGCCUGUGGAUAAGGUGACCUGUGUAAUAAUCUCUGUUAGUCUUGAAGCCGCUGCCAUAGUCCUCCAAGAAGAAAGCACCAAGACAACAUGUCAUAUGACUGUAAUGCAUGUGCUGUAUAAGCUGAUCUGGCUUUGAAAGAUGUGGGUUGGCAAGUUCCUCACGUAGAGUCAUUGUGUCCACCUGUCCUUCCAUUUAGUUUUUCUGAGCUUCUUUGCAGCCUUUGAUGUGUCUUUAAGAAAGCUGAAUGCACAAAAGGAUCUGUGACACCGACAUGGCUGUGGUGUGCAUGCUGUGUAGUUCCAUAGCCCAUCCAAUUCUGGGUCCAUUUGCGCUAUCAAAUUAAAAUAUGCUUUGAUUCAUACUUAAACCUGAAAGCAGGAAUGCCUACAUUAAUUCCUACGUUAAAAACAGCCAUCUACCCUUGAGUAUCUAGAAAGACUUGGUAAUGAUGGCCAGUUCCUUUUAGGUUUCAGAAAAUCAAAUGAUGAUGACUUAAAUUUCCCUUAAUCUGCAAAUACAGUAGUAAUUAAGGUACAUCUCUAAAGUGGAGCACUGACCAAGCUCUAAGAUUCACUUUGAGGUGGAACUUAAAACCAAUGUACUGUAUGCAUGCAUCGGUAAUAGCUACUUUCGUUUCAUAGCUUCAUACCAACAAAAUAUAUUAGAAUAGUAUGAAAGUACCGGAGGAGCUGAAAGAAAAACACCCAAGGCUGGGCAUGGUGGCACAUGCCUGUAAUCCCAGCACUUUGGGAGGCCGAGGCAGGUGGAUCACCUGCGGUUGGGAGUUGGAGACCAGCUUGACUAACAUGGAGAAACCCCAUCUCUGCUAAAAAUACAAAAUUGGCCGGGCAUGGUGGCGCACGCCUGUAAUCCCAGCUACUAGGGAGGGUGACGCAGGAGAAUUGCUUGAACCCAGGAGGUGGAGGUUGUGGUGAGCUAAGAUCAUUCCAUUGCACUCCAGCCUUGGCAACAAGAGUGAAACUCCGUCUCAAAAUAAAUAAAUAAACAAAAAAACACCCAGAUAUGCAUACUCCUUCAGACUUACAGACUUAAGCUGCAUUUAUGGGGUAGUGAUGAGGUUUAGAACAUAUACAUAUUUUGUUAAAAUUCCCCAGAUGAUUCUUGGUAUGAACUACUACAUUGUUAAUUUUAAGAUGUACUUAGAAAUCCUUAAGACAUCUAGCCCUGUCCCUAAUAGACAACACAUUUAUAUUGCAGAUAUUAAUUUUUUUUCAGUUUAUGACCAGGUAUUUAUGAAGGACUAUUGGCAGGGAAAAUAUGAAUAUGUUAACUUUAGCUUAUGGCAUCAAUUUACUAAGGAACGACAGGCUCACCAACUGAUUCAAACAUAAAAACCCCCACAUCAGUCUCAUACGAUAUGGUACUACUUUGAAUCUGUUACUAGUACCAUCUUGACAGAGGAUACAUGCUCCCAAAACGUUUGUUGCCACACUUAAAAAUCACUGCCAUCAUUAAGCAUCAGUUUCAAAAUUAUAGCCAUCCAUGAUUUACUUUUUCCAGAUGACUACCAUUAUUCUAGUCCUUUGAAUUUGUAAGGGGAAAAAAAAACAAAAACUUAUGAUGCACUUUUCUCCAGCACAUCAGAUUUCAAAUUGAAAAUUAAAGACAUGCUAUGGUAAUGCACUUGCUAGUACUACACACUUUGUACAACAAAAAACAGAGGCAAGAAACCUAAUGGAAAGAGAAAAGCCUUCCUUUGUUGGCCCUUAAACUGAGUCAAAAUCUGAAAUGUAGAGAUGAUCUCUGAUGAUACCUGUAUGUUCUUGCUGUGUAAAUAAAAUUGCUGGUAUGAAAUGACA